AGCAGUCAGUCAGGAGGAGGCUCGCGCAAUAGCAUUUCCAACCCAGAGUGAGCUGCAAUCGUGCCUGACCGGUUACCGUCCCAAUUCUCCCAACACAUCUGUUUUUAUUUUUUAUCCUUUUCUCUUUCUUUUAGAAGAACGAAACCAAAAUCCAAACUGAGGUUGACUUAGUAAAGUUCGGAUUUUCCCACCCCGCCCUUUGAUUAUAAUUUUUUUGAAGAUUCUUCGUUGUCAAGCCGCCAAAGUGGAGAGUGUGAUUGCAGAAGGGGGUGCUUCUCGUUUCAGUGCUUCUUCGGGCGGAGGAGGAGGUAGGGGUGCACCUCAGCACUAUCCCAAGACUGUCGGCAACAGCGAGUACCUGGGGAAAACCCCAGGGCUUAGCGUUCAGAGAUGGGUUCCUUCACGAAGCACUAGACGAGAUGUCAAUUCCUCCAAUGUCAACUCCUCCAAUGAAAAAGAACAUCACGAUGGAAUAUUUAGGAAAGUGAGAGGCAUACUUAAUAAGCUGACCCCUGAAAAGUUUGACAAGCUAUGCCUUGAGCUUCUCAAUGUGGGCGUAGACUCUAAACUUGUCCUCAAAGGAAUCAUCUUGCUGAUCGUAGACAAAGCCCUAGAAGAGCCCAAAUACAGCUCACUCUAUGCUCAGCUAUGUCUGCGUUUGGCAGAGGAUGCACCAAACUUUGAUGGCCCAACACCUGAAAUCCAGUCAUCGCAAAAGCAAAGCACAACUUUCAGAAGACUUCUAAUUUCCAAGCUUCAAGAUGAAUUUGAGAACCGCGCCAAAAAUGUUGACAUCUAUGACAAACAAGACAACCCUCUCACCUCUGAGGAGGAGGAGCAGCGUGCCAUUGCCAAGAUCAAGAUGCUUGGCAAUAUUAAAUUCAUCGGAGAACUCGGAAAACUUGACCUCAUCCAUGAAUCUAUCCUUCAUAAGUGCAUCAAAACACUUUUGGAGAAAAAGAAGAGGGUCCAGCUCAAGGACAUGGGAGAGGAUCUGGAGUGUCUCUGCCAGAUAAUGAGGACUGUGGGGCCCAGACUCGACCAUGAAAAAGCCAAGUCUUUAAUGGAUCAGUACUUUGGCCGUAUGCGAUCCUUAAUGAACAACAAGGAUUUGCCUGCAAGGAUUCGUUUCCUACUGCAGGACACUGUGGAGCUGAGAGAGAACAAUUGGGUUCCUCGCAAAGCUUUCAUCGACAAUGGACCAAAGACGAUUAACCAGAUUCGUCAAGAUGCAGUGAAGGAUUUGGGUGUUUUUAUUCCACCCAUGAACCAGGGAAUGAGAAUGGACUUCUUCCUAGAAGGCCCCUUCAUGCCGAACAGGAUGAAACUGGAUAGAGAAACUCUCGGAGGAUUGGCUGAUAUGUUUGGGCAGAUUCCAGGUAUUGGCAUAGGAACUGGUCCAGGUGUGAUUCAGGACAGAUUUUCCCCCACCCUAGGACGUCAUCGUACAAAUCCUCUUUUCAAUGGCCACAGUGGACAUAUGACCUCCCAACCACAGUCACAGUUUGACUUGGGUAUGAAGCCUUUCAUCAAGUCUAACCAGGGACAGAAUCAGCAUUUUCACAAUCAAAACCAGAACCAUUCGAACCAGCAGCAAGCUCAAUCUAAAGACAUGCCUCCACGCUUCAAGAAGGGGCAGCUCAAUGCAGAUGAGAUCAGCCUUAGACCUGCUCAGUCUUUCCUUUUAAAUAAAAACCAAGUGCCAAAACUGCAACCCCAGAUUCCCACCAUGAUUCCUCCCAGUGCUCAGCCUCCACGGACACAGACUCCACCACUUGGACAGCCUCCUCAACUUGGUCUGAAAUCCAACCCACCUCUGAUCCAGGAGAAACCUCAGAAGACUACUAAGAAACCAGCACCUACUAAGGAAGAGCUGCUGAAAACUACUGAGAACAUUGUGACUGAGUAUCUGAACAGCAAGAACAUGGAGGAUGCUGUCAUUGGUGUGAGAGAAAUGAAAGCUCCCAAACAUUUUCUGCCAGAGAUGUUGAGUAAGAUCAUCCUCUGUUCUCUGGAAAGAACUGAUGAAGACAGAGAACAAGCUAGCACUCUUAUCAAUACGCUGCGUACAGAGGGCUUCAUCACUGGGGAAAACUUCAUGUGUGCUCUGCUGAAUGUCUUGGAUCAGUGCCCUAAGAUUGAGGUGGACAUUCCUCUGGUAAAGUCAUACCUAGCCCAGUUUGCUGCGCGAGCCAUCAUCUCUGAGCUGGUCAGUGUGGCAGAACUGGCUCAUCCACUGGAGAAUGGCAACCACUUUCCUCUUUUCCUGCUAUGCCUUCAGCAAGCUUCCAAACUCAAGGACCGCGAGUGGCUCACAGAUCUCUUCCAGCAGAGCAAAGUCAACAUGCAGAAGAUGCUUCCUGAAAUUGACCAGAAUAAGGAUCGUAUGCUGGAGGUUCUUGAAGGAAAAGGUCUGAGUUUCCUCUUCCCCUUGCUAAAACUGGAGAAGGAACUGCUGAAACAAAUCAAGGCAGACCCCUCCCCUCAGACCAUCUACAAGUGGAUCAAAGACAAUAUUUCUCUCAAACUCCACACGGACAAGGGCUUCGUCAACAUACUUAUGACCAGUUUCCUGCAGUACUUCUUUGCUGAGCUUGGUGUGGCCGAAGGUGACGAGCAACUUUCGUCACCUUCUAAAGAGCAGCUGGACCUGGAAAAGCAACUAUUACUCGCCUUCAAGCCAGUCAUGCAGAAGUUCCUCCAUGAUCACACUGACCUACAGGUCAGUGCCCUGUACGCCCUGCAGGUGCACUGCAAUUCCAACGCUUUCCCAAAAGGUAUGUUGCUUCGAUACUUUGUCCACUUUUAUGACCUGGAGAUCAUUGAGGAGGAAGCUUUCAUCGCAUGGAAAGAAGACGUUUCCCAAGAAUUUCCUGGAAAAGGGAAAGCCUUAUUCCAGGUGAACCAGUGGCUGACUUGGCUUGAGACUGCUGAGGAAGAGGAGUCAGAGGAGGAAGCCGACUGAGGAGGGACUAAUUCUCCUAGUACAUAUUAAUUUCUGGCUACAUGACUUGCUGUCUUCUCUUUGGUUCCCACACUCUUUGCAGUAGCUCACACUCAGACAGCUUUAUCACACUGCUGCUAGGCUCAUGAAUUAAAUGAAAGUCAUAGUAAUACCAAUAUCAUAAUGUCUCUGUUUGCUUGUAUCCUAACCAGUGUCUGGCUUGUUAUCGUGGGUUUUUUUUUUUUUUUUUUUUCGGUAGAAAAUGUUAGUAAAAUUUUCCUUGCAUGUUCUGCCUGGUGACAGGAACGGGACAGGAAACCUUUCGAUGGCUCUGCAAAAGUUAAGCAGUCGCUAUAUAGAACCAAUGAUUUUUUUUAUUUUUGCAGUCUGUCUGGGAGAUUGAUUAACAUUAAUCAUGAGAUCCUAGUUGAAAGGUCUUCAUAGGUUACGCUGUAGACACUUUUAGUGUUAUUCUGGGUCGAUUGCAAUAUUUUAUUCAACCCUCGUGCAUGAUUUAAACAUCUAAAACUGUAAUCACUGUAACUUUUUAGCAGUUUCCACUUCUACCUCCUGAAUAAGAGUUAUUUAGUACAGGCUUCUGAUACGUUGACAAUUUUAGCCUUGAAUUAAGAUCCAGAACAACUGCAUAGUCAUUCAGUUUUGCACAACACACUACCUAAUAUCUCAGCUUGCAAUAGUUUAAGUAUUUUCCAUUUGAAGAGUCAAGCUAUUUGUCAUGCCUCUGCUGUCCCAGCCUUACUUAAUGUUGUCUGCAGUGUGGUCUGACAAAGUACCUGAGAUGUUCUGUGUGAUGGCUGUAAUGUUGCCCUUCAGGUCCCAAUGAUCUGCUGCAAAUUAUUCCAAUCUUAACCCUCAAACUGGUGGAUUAUUUAGAACCUGCCUUUUAAUUGAUCAUUAAACGUAAAUGAAAAUCCUGAAUGUCCAUUAAAGGGGAAAGGCUUUUGCCCUUGUCAAUAAGGGGUUCUCCAACAACCUUUUAUUGACAGGUGUUUAAUUGUAUUUUACAGUUCGUCUUGUUGUACUUACAGUUGCCAACAUGUUAACUGAUCCAAUUGUCAAAUGAAAUGGCUUAUGAUCAUGUCAUUGUAAGGCUGUUUAGUGCUGCAUUCACCACUAUUGCUGAUUUUACAAUAAAGGAAAAAUUUGAUCA